CAGUCCCUCGUUGCAUCUUCAUUUCAAGACACAUCACUUUCCUUUCAAAUCUUUAAAAAGAAAGUCUCUUAGACAUCCAUUCGUUCAGCCAACAUGCGUCCAUCAGCUGUUCUCGCCUCUCUUCUCCUUGCUGUCUGCGCUUCAGCAAUCCCACUCAACAAUGCCAACGCCAACAACGCCCUUGAGGCUGUUAAGCGUGACAUCGCCAACGUGGACAGCGCCAUUGCAGAGAAGCGUCAGCUUCCUGACUUGAGCUCCGUCACUGGCCUUGUUGGUGGCCUGCUCGACACCUUGACCAGCAUUCUCUCCAGCCUCACUAGCACCAUCUCUGGCCUUGUCAGUCAGAUUGAGAGUGCCGCUUCCGGUACCGUUGACCUCAACACCGUUCUCGGCGAGGUCAAGAGCACUCUCUCGAGCACCCUGUCCCAGGUCAACAGCGCCACCAGCGGUGUCGACCUCUCUGGCCUUACUGGCUCUACUGGAGACUUGUCCAGCGCCAUCACUGAAGUGCAAAACCUCCUCAACGGGCUUGGCAGUCUCACCAACACCUCUGGUGUCGAAGACCUCCUCUCCGAGGUCACCUCCCUCGCCAACGACCUGCUCACCGUCCUGACUGGUGUCCUUUCUGGUGUCACCUCGGCAGCAUAAACGUUCCCGCGUUCACAUAUGAGCUGGUCUCGACGUAAGACCAGGACCUGGGAAAUUAGUGGUGGACAUUAGCACUGUGGACCGAAUGGUGAAAUAUCAUCCUAUUCUCACUAGUUCUGUGAAGGAGGACAAUGGAUUUAUGAUAUGGCAACUCCUGUAGGAUGAGCGUGGCAUUGGGGGGUUUAGCUUACCUCGUAUUCAAGAGGCAAGGACAUGGCUAUAAAUUUGUAAUCACGCAUUUUCAAAUUCGUGUUGCUCCUGAAGUGGCACGAUCACAAUAUUUCUCGAUUUUCU